AGAGUGAUGUGGUGAAACAGGUAAAGCUGUUGUUUUAAAGAUGUUUUAAAAAAAAUAAUAAUAAUAACAAUUGCAAACUCUUUUUAGGUUGAUGGAAAAUAUUACUGUUGUCACAGAGUUAACUCUUUCUGGUUUGGAUUUCCCAAUGGAACACAGAAUUGUCCUCUUCUUGCUAACUUUACUGUUGUACAUCAUUAUUCUGUUUGGAAAUACUACCUUAAUUGUUGCCAUUAUUGUGGAUAAAAAGCUCCAUGAGCCAAUGUAUAUCUUCUUGUGUAAUCUAUGUAUCAAUUCACUCUAUGGAACUGUUGGAUUUUAUCCUAAAUUCCUUCUGGAUCUUCUGACAACUCACACUAUUUCUUAUGCUGGAUGCAUGCUGCAGGGUUUUGUAAUACACUCAUCAGUCUGCGCUGAGUUUUCUAUCUUGGCUCUGAUGGCAUAUGACAGAUAUGUGGCUAUAUGUCAGCCUCUCAUUUACCAUGUCAUUAUGACCAAACUGAAAAUCUCUGCCUUUCUGUUUUUGUCCUGGCUCAUACCCUUGUUUUGUAUGUUUAUGAACACAGCGACGUUGUUAGGAUCAAGACUAUGUGGCUCACACAUACAGAAAGUCUAUUGUGUGAACUGGAUGAUUGUUAAUAUCGCUUGCUCACCACCUCGAGGACACACUGGAGUGUCAUAUUUCAAUGUCUUGUUUUUCUCUGCACUCUUUGUGUUGAUUAUAUGGUCAUACGGAUGUCUGAUAAGAACAUGCCUGACGUCCACAGAAAACCAGAGGAAGUUCAUGCAGACGUGUCUGCCACAUUUAAUCGGUCUUACGAAUUUUACAAUAAGUACCCUUUUAGAUCUGUUCUACAUGAGAUUUGGGUCUCUGUAUAUAUCGCAACAUCUAAAUAAUUUUAUGGCAAUGGAAUUCCUGCUUGUUCCUCCUGCUGUGAAUCCAUUCGUUUAUGGAUUCAGACUGACGGCAAUUCGCCGCAAAUUUGUGAAUUUGGUUUUUAUUACAAGGAGGAAUGCAAAGUGUGAACCCGUGAACAUGCAGAUCAAACGUGAGCUCUCAAACGGCAACAUUAACCCUGGAAAAUGAACUAUAUAUAACAUAUAAAAUGUUUUGUGGCGGGGGUUUUGGGAUUGAAAGUAGAUUUAAUUUUAAACAUUCUUCUAGUUUGUUAUUGUUAUU